AUUCAUCCUCGUGCCACAGGCAGCUGCAUGCUCCUCAGCUCAGAGAAUCAGAUGAAGAUGGAUAAGAGGUCUCGGAGCUCCUCCAGGGAGUCUCACAGGAGAAACAGAGAGUCCCCAGCUACGCAGAGCAAACGAGAGAAGAGAGAGAGCAGCAGAGAAGCCAGCAAGGGAAGGGGAGACAUAAAGCAGGAGAAAGCAAAGGAGACCAAGAGCACCGCAGGGACAGAUGGUAGGGUGCACACAUCCACAGUGGUGGACGUGGAUGAUGUGAUAUCUGAUGAAGAAAUGGAGCCGAUGGCAUUGCUGGACAGCGAGCGACAAGAGGAAGGUGUAAAGUCUCCAGGUCUAGGCAUCUGCGAAUGGCUUCUGACCAUCUUGUCUUUCCUGUUCAUCAUCAUGACCUUCCCCAUCUCUGUCUGGUUCUGCAUGAAGGUAGUGCGGGAGUAUGAGAGAGCCAUUGUUUUCCGACUUGGGCGUCUCCUUCCUGGCAGAGCCAGAGGGCCUGGCCUUUUCUUCUUCCUUCCCUGUCUGGACACAUAUCACAAGGUGGACCUCCGCCUCAAAACCCUAGAGAUCCCUUUCCACCAGGUGGUGACCAAAGACAUGGUUACCUUGGAGAUAGAUGCUGUCUGCUACUACCGGCUGGAGAAUGCCUCUCUCCUCCUCACCACCCUGACCAGCAUCUCCAGUGCCAUCCAGCUGCUGGUGCAGACUACCACGAAGCGCCUCCUGGCACAUCGAGCCUUCUCCGAACUCCUAUUGGAGAGGAAGAGCAUCAGCCAGGAGAUGAAGGUGGCCUUGGAUGCCGUCACAGGCUGCUGGGGGAUCAAGGUGGAGAGAACAGAAAUCAACAACGUACAGCUGCCUGCUGAAGUCCGGCAGUCCCUGGCCGUAGAAGCAGAGGCUCAGAGGCAGGCCAAAGUGCGGGUGAUUGCUGCUGAGGGGGAAAAGGCUGCUUCCGAGUCCCUGCGGAUGGCAGCUGAGAUCCUGUCUAGUGCCCCUGCUGCUGCUCAGCUCCGUUACCUCCACGCACUGCACUCUUUUGCUGCAGAGAAACCUGCUGCCUUCAUCUUGCCCUUGCCUUUGGAUCCCAUGAACCUGGUCUCUUCAGCCACUCGCAGCCCCCCAGGAGUAAGCAGCCUCCUCACGGACCACGCAAAUCUCCCAGAAAGCCUAAAAGACAAGAAGGACUCACCCAUGCUGUAAGAGCUGUCCUAGAAAUGGUUGCCACAGUGCCCCAGUCAGUCCUGCCCAAAGAGGAGCAAGAAGGCUGGUCUACAGCCCAUCAGCAGCGUGUGGGCCAGAGGUGGGAGAAAAGGCAGCCUAGGCCUGUAAUAUAAAGUAGAUUGUACAUGCAAGAAGUUUCUGCGUGCUUUGGAAAGGAAAAAAUAUGGAGCACAAGGAGCAAGGGCACAUGUGUGAGCAGGGGGUCAAGGGGGGGGCAUCUUCCCUUCCUUUCUCCUCGCCAGACACACCUCUGACACCACAGGGCCUGACCCCAGGGUCUGAUCCAUCCUUCCUCAUUACAUCAACAGGAAAAACAGACUAGCCUCUAUAUAUUUAAAAGCUCUGAAUCCCCAAACCCUGCUCCCAACAUGAGCUGCAAGGAAUUAACGUGCAGAGAGCCUGACACUGGGACCAAGGAGGCAGGUACAGGCUGCCCCCCGGGGCAGGGGACAUCUUAUUAGAGACAGUGGUUUCCUGGGGCUCUGUCUUUGUGCUCGGACUCGGGGUUUUCCUUCUGCACCCUUGGCUGUAAGUGGCUAUUUUUAAAAGAAGGGUAGGUCUUGCAGCAGGGUGGUAAAACAGCGCUGAGGCAUGACUGGCUGGCCUGCUUGGGCAGGAGCACGCUCCUCUUCACAGCCAGUCUCUGUGUGCGUUGCCCUGGGAAAAUGCAACUGCUCGGGUGGUGCAGAAGGGAUCCUUGCUCAAGUGCCUUUGCCCUCAGCGUGAAUGGUUGAUUAGAGGCGAGAAGAGCGAGACAGGCUGGGGUGGGAGCCUGGUAAACUGGAACUGCUCCUGGGGAGGGCAACAGGGGCAGGCUCAGCCUGCAGGCAGGUUGGUGGGCACUGCUGGCCUGGCUCCCUUGCAGCUUCACCGCUUGCCCAGGGGGCCCUGGAGGCAGCCCUGGAUACAGGAGUUCGGUCACCACCCAUGCACACAUACAUACACAGCCAAGAUGUUUAACCUCUAGUACUAAACUAGGAGGAAAGGAGGAAGAAGGGAAAGGAGGAAAGGGCAGCAUUUUGUGGCUUGGCACUUGCUAGCAAGGCACACCAGCUGUGCAGAGGGAAGGCAGGCUGUGCUGCUGCUUUCUUCCGCUGGGUGGUGAGCCAGGACAAGAUCUGAGCUUGUAGGUGGCUGCUUCCAGGAUUACUGUGUAUCUAAAAAGAGACAGAGAUGAUCUGCUUAGCCAGCUCCCACUGAGCUGACAAGAAGGAAUCCAGCACCACACUGGAAAAGCUAGCUAUCUCCUUGAGAACCGUAAUUCUAUUGAAGACUGCAGCCACCUUGGGCAUCCCUAUAGACAGGGCAGAAGCAGAGAAAGUCCUCAGAGCUCUCAUAAGAUCCAGAGAAAGUCCUCAAAACUCCUAUAAAAUCCAUCCUUCCUUUCCCUUGGCAAAGAUAGGGAGCAUAAAGGAAAUCCCAGUACUCAGUUUCUUUCAUUUUGGUGUCCUUGUGUGGAUACCCGCUCUGCUCCUGCCCUUUUAUGUGAUCUGCAAUACCUCCCUGUGCUUUGAAGCAGGCCGCCCCUGCACAGCCAUUCCCAGUCCAAGUGUUCUGGUGCUGGAGGAAAGCAGCGGCCUGUAGAGGCUGAGCUAGAGAGCACUUUGGGGCUCUUCUCUAACUGCCCACAUGGUAAUUUGCCACCAGGAUAGUCCCUAGCAGGGGUAUCCUGGCCCAUCGCUUAUUCUUGUAUUCUCACUAGUUUUUUCAGUCCCUCUUUGGCUGCUAGUAAUGCUCCACGAGCAAGGCCCAUGCCCUUGGUACGAAUUCCUUUAAAUGCAAUUGUGUCAUAAGGAGGGACUGCAGAUACUGGUUUAAUACAGUGAAGCACAAGCUUCAGACCCUUUAAUCAGACCCUUCAGCUCCCUCGAGUCCCCUUCCCAAUACGCAGUGUUCUCAUAACACUCACAAGUAUUUGCCAGCUUUCUUACAGCAAGGACACUCAGCAAACCAGCCCCCUUACAAGUGGCUGGAAAGUGGAAAAUUUCCACCUGUGAAAUUACGAGUGAUCACACAAGCAGCUGAGCUCUGGGUGUAACUUCCUGAGGGCACUUCACAUGCAGCUUGCUCUCCCACUGUAACUUCUCACGCAAGGACUGAGGGAGUCCAUAAUAGAUCUCAGCAGUAAUCCGGUCAUAGAAAACUGGCUCUGGGGAGCGUAACAGCUCUGUAGUCUUCCACUGAUGAACCUGAGCUGUGUAGUUACUGCUCUAAGGCUGCUUCUGGUUAUUUCUCAUGCUGCUUGCAUAGGUGCCUGUUUCCCAACCUAGAGCAAAAGGGUGUAAAUACUGCAUGGCAUGAACUACAGAUGAUCCUUUCUCUGAGCACUUCUCUAGCUAAAUUUCUGACUCCAUGUAAAAUGAUCCAUAGAGAUCCAGGUUCCUUGGCAAAUCAAGGAACAGAAUAAAGCAUGAAAGGAACAACUCUUAGUCUGAACAACAAAUAAGAUGCUCAGAGACACAUGGUACUAUGCACACACACAUUACCCUGUUUACAGUCAUAUCUGCAGAAGUCAGGCAUAAUUACUGAGUCAGGCAUUAAAGCUUUUCUGCAAUAUUCAGUUAUAAAAAAGGCAAAUUAUAGCUGAGAGCAUCAUCAGUUCCAAAGAACGCACCUAGUUCCAGCAAGAUCUUCUCUAAGUAUACAUUGCUGGUAGAA